AUGCAUCGCGCGGCCGUCAGAGCGUUCCGCACCACGUCGACAUACCUCAGCGUCGUCCGCAACCUCUCCCGGACCGCCUCGCGAACCCCGCGCCGCGCCCUCUUCUCCUCCGCGAGCCACCUCGCACAACGUCAGCAGCCCAGCGCCAAUGAGCCUCUGAGGUCCUCGAUGUACUUUCGCCGCCUCCCUGUCGCCCUCGUCUCCAGCCUCGUCGUCGGCUACGGCGCCUGGUACUCGUACAAUUCGUCGAGCGUCCCGGGCGGCCAGGCCGCGCGCAGCUUCACCUCGAAGCAGGGCGCCGGUGUCGGGGCUGGGGAUGCCGUGCCGACGCGCACCGUCCUUGUCGUCGGCGCCGACGAGCUCAGGCAGGGCACCAUCGUGGGCGAGGGCCCGAUCUUGAAGCCCACGUCAGACGACGGCCGCAGGAUCGUCGAGAUGCUGACCCCCGAUCAGGCCACGCAGAAGCUGCGCCGCUUGGAGCAGUCCUUUUCUGUGAACCGCGGCGAGGGCGUUACAAGAUAUGAUCUGGUCCAACUGCCUAGCAACGACCCCAUCGAGGACGACCACGCCGAGAAGAUCGUCGAGGUUCCUAGCCGCGCAGCAGGAGCCGAGACCAACAGCGAUUGGAUGUUCUGGGGCGUGUUUGACGGUCAUUCCGGCUGGACUACGUCAGCGACCCUUAGAGAGAGCCUCAUCAGUUACGUCGCCAGGGAGCUCAACCAUACAUACAAGGCCUCCGACGCUAGCCUCCCGAGCUCGGAGGCCAUCGACCUAGCCAUCAAGACCGGCUUCAACCGCCUGGACCACGAGAUCGUUCACAAGAGCGUUGAGAAGGUCUUCAAGGCAAGCUCCAAGGCCGUAGCUGCCGAGCUACUGCAGCCAGCAUUGUCCGGCUCUUGCGCCUUGUUGUCCUUCUAUGACAGCAGAAGCAAGCUGCUCCGCAUUGCUUGCACUGGUGACUCUCGCGCGGUUCUGGGCCGACGGUCCAACUCGGGCAAGUGGACGGCAACUGCACUGUCAGAGGACCAGACGGGCAGCACCCCCAGCGAGGUAGCACGGAUGCGCAAAGAACACCCUGGAGAGGACAAUGUGGUCCGCAACGGCCGUGUCCUGGGCGGCUUGGAACCGACUCGUGCAUUUGGCGAUGCAGUCUACAAAUGGAGCCGGGAUGUUGCCGGAAAACUCCGCGAGAGCUUUUUCGGCCGCAGCCCAUCUCCCCUGCUCAAGACGCCGCCAUACGUCACUGCUGAGCCGGUCAUCACGACGACCAAGAUUGAGCCCGAGAACGGCGACUUUGUUGUGCUCGCCACUGACGGCCUCUGGGAGAUGUUGACCAACGAUGAGGUGGUUGGUCUUGUCGGGCAGUGGAUCGAAUCCCAGGCCGCAGGCUCGUCCAGCUCGCAGUUCGAAAACGCCUGGGCCAAGAUCUUUGGCUCGGCCAACAAGCCGCUCCCCAUCGAGCAAGGCAAGGGUGACGGGUCAGAUGGCCAGCGGACGCCUAUCCGCGUACAGCAGUGGGGGAUCAACCCGGAUGCAAAGGACCGCUUCACCGUCCAGGACAAGAACGUCGCGACGCAUCUCGUUCGCAAUGCGCUGGGUGGGAACAAUGACGAGCAAGUGCGGGCGCUCCUCACUCUCCCUUCACCCUUUUCCAGGAGAUAUCGGGACGAUCUGACGGUGCAAGUCAUCUUCUUUGGCAAGGGCGAGAAGACGGGCGAGGUGACAGUAAAUCUCGACGCCACGGCCCAGCCGGACGAGCCCAAGGCGAAGCUCUAG